AAUUCUAGCAUAAUAAUUCAUAAAACAAUCAAUUAUUAAAAAAAAUUGCGUUUGCGCACUUGACUUGUCAAUUGUCAGCUGAGUUUUUUGACCCUAACCUCAAAAAACCCAAAAUGAUUCACAGUUUGUUUAUUAUAAACUCGUCAGGUGACGUUUUUCUCGAAAAGCACUGGCGUAGUGUUAUUUCACGCUCGGUUUGUGAUUAUUACCUAGAGGCCCAAAGGGCAAACCCCAAUGACAUAGCCCCUGUGAUAGCAACCCCCCAUCACUACUUGAUCUCAAUCCAACGAAGCGGUGUUAGUUUCGUUGCCGUAUGUAUGGAGGAAAUUCCCCCUUUAUUCGUGAUUGAAUUUUUACACAGGGUUGUUGACAUGUUUCAAGAUUACUUCUCCGACUGCACCGAAUCGAUAAUUAAAGAGAAUUACGUCGUAAUUUACGAAUUACUAGAUGAAAUGCUCGACAAUGGAUUCCCUCUAGCGACCGAAAGCAACAUAUUGAAAGAAUUAAUCAAGCCGCCUAAUAUUCUACGAACAAUUGCCAACACUGUCACGGGAAAAACUAAUGUGAGUGAAGUGCUGCCAACUGGACAGCUCUCAAAUAUCCCAUGGCGCCGUACAGGGGUCAAAUAUACCAACAACGAAGCCUACUUUGAUGUAAUUGAAGAAGUCGAUGCUAUAAUCGACAAAUCAGGCUCCACGGUUUUCGCCGAAAUUCAAGGUUAUAUCGAUUGUUGCAUAAAACUGAGUGGUAUGCCCGACUUGACUCUCUCCUUCAUGAACCCACGCCUCUUUGAUGACGUUAGUUUCCACCCCUGUGUUCGCUUCAAACGCUGGGAGGCCGAGCGUGUCUUAUCCUUCAUCCCCCCCGAUGGCAAUUUCCGCCUCAUUUCCUACCACAUAAGCAGUCAGAGUGUCGUCGCAAUCCCCAUUUAUGUCAGACACAACUUGUCGAUCAAAUCGGGAGAGCAGGGGCGUCUGGACUUGACCGUGGGCCCCAAGCAGACCCUCGGUAGGACGGUCGAAGGGGUCAAAAUCGAGGUUCUGAUGCCCAAAUCUAUCCUCAAUUGUGUCCUCACUGCCAAUCAGGGGAAAUACAAUUUUGAUCCAGUUUCAAAAAUUUUGCACUGGGAUAUUGGCAGGAUUGAUGUCACCAAAUUGCCGAAUAUUAGGGGAAGUGUGUCGAUCGCUAGUGGAGCCAACACUACGGAGAUAAAUCCGUCCAUAAAUGUGCAUUUCACCAUAAAUCAACUCGCAGUGAGUGGAUUAAAAGUUAAUAGGCUCGACAUGUAUGGAGAGAAGUAUAAGCCUUUUAAGGGGGUGAAAUACAUAACGAAAGCGGGACGAUUCCAAAUUAGGAUGUAAAUGUGCAAAAAAAAAAACGAUUUUUAUUUUUAUAUAAGUUUCAAAUGUAUUUAUGUCAGUUAAUAAAUGGUGAUUAAUUAAAAUAAAAUUUUAA